AUGGUGACAAUACGCUGUCGGUUUAAUUGGAAGGAGUUAUGGACUCUAGCUUGGGAAUAUAUAAAAUGGAAGACUGCACAAAUCAUUUUAACUAUUCAGUCUCUUUCUUACAAUGAUCAUAUGAGUUUUAACUAUGCAAUUGAUUGCUUGUUAGAACCAGUAUUCUGGUUUGUCGAUAAUUUUGCUGGAUAUUUAGGAAGGGUAUUUGUAUUUAGUGUGACAAUUCUCACAACAGCAGUUGUUGGCAUAGCAUAUUGGAUUGGCUUACCAUAUUGGUGGCACAGGAACCCAUACUUUACAGUAUUUCUAGUAAUUUUUGGUCAUUGGCUGUUAUUGAAUAUUGUGUUUCACUAUUAUAUGGGUGUGAGUACACCACCAGGCUACCCUUCUCAUGGUGCUAUAUUGAUUGAAGCUGCAAGUAUAUGUAAAAAAUGUAUAUCACCAAAACCACCACGGACACAUCACUGUUCAGUGUGUGAUAGAUGCAUACUUGCCAUGGAUCACCACUGCCCAUGGCUUAAUAACUGUGUGGGAUAUUAUAAUGCCAGAUAUUUUUACCUGUAUAUGGUGUAUAUGGUUGCUGGAAUUUGUUUUCUAAUUAUAUUUGGAAUAGACAUUGGCUAUCAAGUACUUUGGGUGUAUGAUGGAGAUUCUACACCAAUCAAAGAUGAGCCUGAUUUAUUUGGCCAUCCAUUAAAAUUGAAUAAAAGUGGUGUUCUCGUCCCAGUUAAAGAUAUUCCUGAAUAUGAUUCCAUCAACUUUCCUCGUGAACACAUUCUACCAACGCCAGAGAUCACGCAGUUAGAUCUCAUAUCAGCUGAUCCCUGGAAGAGGAAAGCUAUAAUAUUUAUGGCUAUCACCUGUCUCUCUGUUCUUUUGGCACUCGGAAGUCUGGUUACCAUGCAUGGUAAACACAUAAGUAGAGGUGAAACUAGUGUGGAGUCACAUAUUAAUGCAGCAAUGGAGAAAAGAUCCUCUUCAUUUAGGAAUCCAUACAACUUUGGUAGAAGAAAAAACUGGAAGAUAUUUCUCGGUUUAACACAGGGUAGGACGUUUUUACAUGUACUAUUCCCAUCAAGACACGCGCCCACAGGCAAUGGCCGUACAUGGCAUAUGAUUAAUAAUGACCUAGAAGACUGGCCCUAA